AUGGGAACUCCAUAUCCUGCUCAAACAAGCGAUCAAGUAGAAGUAUCCAACAGAGAAUUGAAAAGAAUAUUAGAAAAAACUGUUGGUUCCUCCCGUAAGGAUUGGUCUCUAAAAUUAGAUGAUGCUUUGUGGGCAUAUAGAACUUCUUUCAAAACUCCUGUAGGAACAUCUCCUUAUAGAUUAGUUUUUGGAAAAACUUGUCAUUUUCCUGUGGAAUUAGAACAUAAAGCAUAUUGGGAUAUAAAAUCGUUAAAUCUAAAUUUAUCAGAUGCAGGAAAAAAUUGUUUAUUGCAACUUGAUGAAUUGGAAGAGUUCAGACUUGAAGCAUAUGAAAAUGCUAAAUUGUACAAAGAAAAGACAAAAUGA